AUGAUCACUGAACAACGUCCCCUUGGCCUUUUGGAAAAAUACCAGAUCUCCAAGCUUAUUACCAAAUGCUAUGGAUCAGUGACAGGCACAGCCUUGUUAAGACACAACAGCCCUGCACCGGCCACUGACAAGGAAGCUAUCAAGACGUUUUAUCUGAAUAGGCUAUACCCCGCUGUAUCCCGCCUUGUUCAAAAACAUCCACAGCUCACUAUGAUUGUACUCGAUGCUGAUAAGCCAACCGCUCGAUUUGCCACUUUAUCAUCCUUCAAUCUUGCAGCUAUGGUGAAUGUGAAUUCCAAUGUCAAGUUUUGGGAACAAGCUGUGAUCGAUGACAUUAUAUCCACCGAGGUUGAUAAAGAAUUUGGUACCACCUUUCAAAAUGGUCCUUUAUGGAGCCUGGGCAUUGAUACACACCCCGAACGUCCCCACGAAUGUGCCAUCUCUUUUACCUUACACCACGUGAUUGGUGAUGGCAAGAGCAUCAUGCUAUUCUGGAAAGAGUUAUUGGAGCAGCUCAAGGAUGGUGAAAUGGUCGAUAGCAGCAAUGGGUACCAAAUUGAUAUCAUGGAGCUCCAUGUUAUUAAGCCUCCACAAGAACACCGCAACCCAGUGAUGCCUAAUGAGAUCAAGCUACCAGGUACCAAGGAGGACGAGUUAGCCAUGUGGCAAGGAGACUAUGAAGCCAUCCGUGACAAGACCGCCCAAAAACAUGACACAGCUGUACGCACGGUCGUUGUGGAUGGUGAACAUUGGCCCAAGAUUGUAAAGAAAUGCAAACAACAUGGGGUCACUCCGCAUGCAGCAUUGAUGGUUGCUUGUGCUCUUGCAUUUGCUGAGUUGUAUCCGGAUCGAGUUGUGCGCACAAUGACACCUGUAAACACGCGGCCUCUUUGUGAUCCACCUGUACCUGAAGAUGAAAUGGGCAACUUUUUCGGCAACUUUUUCCGUUUCUGGCGACCUGGAUUUUCAAAUGGCAAAUCUUUUUGGGAGCUUGCAAUCGAAUACCAAGCACGUGUGCGUGAAGGAAAAGCCUUUGCAGCUGGGUUUGCUAAUCAUUUCUUUGGCCAUCUCAAAAACUUCCCUGAAGACUUCAUCAAUUACUGGUAUUCCAAUUGGGAAAAGUAUCCUAUGGGGCGAGCAGGCGGUAUUUGUGUCUCUGACUUGGGGCUCAUAACUACCAAACGCGUGACAAGCACAGAGUGGCAGCUUCAAGAAAUCUUCUUCAAUCAAAGUAGCCACAUGUAUACGCUUGCGCUCACUAUUAACACCAUUAGCACAUCAACUGCUAUGCAAGCUUGCGUCGCAUGGCAACGCAACACCUUGGAUAUUUCAAAAGCCGAUCGAUAUGGCUCUUUGAUAGCUAAAUACCUUAUUCAAUGCAUAGAUCAAUAA